AUGACCGUCUGCCAGGCCUUCUCCAGUGCUCUCGCCAAAAAGGGCAUGACCGCACAGCAGCUCGCUACCAUGACCCAGAGCAACCAAGACCGCAUGUCCCAAAUUUGUGCGGGCACUGUAACCCCCACGAGCGAGGAAUACAGCAAGAUCGCUUCUGUGCUGGGAAUGAGCAGCGUCCCUGCUAGCCACCCUUGA